GGGGGGCGCGCGGCUCCCGGCGAGGGCGAGGACGGUGCCGGUGCCGGCGCGGCGCGCAGACAAAGGGGACGGCGCCGCCGCGCGCAGCGGUUCACACAACGCUAGGGACCAAAGACGCGUACGUAACGCUUCCGCAGUGCUGGGACCAACCUUCUGAAGGAAGACUCACAAAUACUAUUUUUUAUCUUCAACCUGCUUACCCUGGGACUGACUUGUCUUUGGAGAAAAAGUUCGACGGAGGAAAGAGAUUUUUCCCGUUGGAAUCAUUAUAACUAAAUUUAUUUAAAUAACUUGCUGCCUGGAGAGGCUUCUGCAGAGAUUGAGUCCUGCUCUUCACCUGUGUUGCACUUCAGACUGUAAACAAUGAGCGAGUUCUGGUUGUGUUUCAACUGCUGUAUUGCAGAACAGCCUCAGCCUAAAAGACGACGGCGGAUUGACCGAAGCAUGAUUGGAGAGCCAACAAACUUUGUGCACACAGCUCACGUAGGAUCGGGAGACCUGUUCAGUGGAAUGAAUUCGGUGAGCUCCAUUCAGAACCAAAUGCAGUCCAAGGGGGGCUACGGAGGCAGCAUGUCUGCAAACGUUCAGAUGCAGCUUGUAGAUACAAAGGCAGGAUAACCCUGGGGAAACCUUUCCAGUUUGUGUGAGUUCCUGUAUCUUCUUUCCUGUGUCCCCUCCUUUGCCUUGGUGACUGCUUUCUGUGUUCAUGAUGAGAGAGAAGUGAUGGCUCGUUGUUCACCCGUUGUGAUUACUCCAGUGAAAAGUUGCUGUUCUGCUCUGAUGAUGCCAUUUCUCAGAUUGGUCCUACCGUGCCUUUCAGUGGCAUGCACACAUUGGCCUCUACCAGCACUAUGGACGUAGAGCUGUUUAGGAUUGUUUUUAGCUUUUUCUUUUUUUUUUUUUUUUUACUUUUUGAUUUAAAGCAAAUUAAAGCAUCAACCGUAGCUUCCCUCAUCCCUCUCACAAAUACUAAUGCACAGCGUUCAGUUGCUCUUUAUUCUUUAAGUCUCUUUCUCCGCUCAAGUAAUUUAGAAUUGAGUGACUUUCCAUUAAUAUUUUUAAUCUCUCAUUGUUCAUAUCCAUUUUUGAAAGGUCUGGGACCUGCAAGCACAAAUGAUUGUUUCCUACAAAAUCAGCAGAGUAGAUGACCGCAUGCUUUGUGAAGUUGCUUUGUAUGGUGGCCCAUUUGGUGCCAGAAAAAAAAAAUUGCUUGCUGCGGACUGAUGAUACUGUUGCUGGUGAAAAAUUUAGCUGUGGCACCAAGUCAUGCCUGUCUCUGAAAGAGGACUUGUAACUUAGCUGCUUCAGAGUUAUGUCUUUAUUUUAGUUUUUAUCCAACUGGUCUUGAAAUAAUAAAGAGAGAGCUUGCAUUCAUAAGGCAUUUGUUGUAAAUGUUCAGUAUAUUUAUUUUGAAAGAGCUGACCUCGAGACUGUAAACCAGUGUAGUACCGUAUCUAAGUGUUGUGGAAGCGCUUUAGUCUAUUUAAAAAAAAGAAAAAAAAAAAAAAAAGAAAGAAAGACAAGCAUCAUGUUUGGCUGCUUCUUUUUCCUUUUACAAUUUUUCUUAAUUUUAGGUUGUACGGUCAUUUCCAGUAGCAGCAUGUCAAACUGCCUGCAAUAUUAGCUGAAGUUUAGUAGACCUCUCUAAGUAGUUGGCAGUUUCUGUGUACUAAAUAUUUCGGGGCCAUGGAAGUUGCUAAGAGCAACAUACUAAUCUGGCAGAACAGAUGCCAGCAAAAACAACAUACAGGGUGACUUUUUACUAAGUCAGUAAAAAGCCUUUUGCUCAGGUUCCAAAGCAUGUUGUGAAAAUUGUAUUUUAAUAUUGCACUGUUUUCAGAUUAUCUCUGUAAAUGGUCCUUUUUUAUUUUUUUCCUCCCUCCUUGUUGGUGGUUUGAAACAAGUCAAUGGUUUGAAUCCUGAUCGAGUUUUAUUGUGGGGAAAAAAAAAUCAUCCUAACAGAUAAGGCACAACUGAGCUUAAUCAGAUUCGUGUUUAUACACACAGACACACGUGUUUAUAAAUAUAGAUUGCUAUCAUAAAUGAUUCUUUCUGCUCUUCCCAUCCUUUCCCUGAUUUCACAUUGCAACAGCUAUCAGAUUGAUUUUUUUUUUUUUUUUAAAAAAAAAAAAAACAUGUACGAACCUACCUAACUCUCGUCUCUCAGUUCACAACCAGUAGGCAAAAUGCAGUGGCCACGGAGGUAGCUGUCCAUCCCUAAGUUGUAUUGCAGUGGCAGGUGUCAGUUAUCUGCUCUUGAAUAGUUCCAGUUAGGUUGGGUGGUCUUCACCGAUAAAGGUACUGAUUCGUGAUGACACAAGAUCAGGAUGUUCAGUUGUCUGGGGUGCAUAAACACAUGGCAACGCCAUGACUUUCUUUUUUUUUUAAGGGGUCAGCAUUUCCAAUGCCACUUUAUCAGUGAGUCUUAAAUAUACUACGAUUACAAAAUGAUUUUAACUUUGUCAUCAGAAAUUGCGGCUGAAAUUUGCUUGCUGAAACUAUCUUGCCUUUGUCAAAAUGUCUUCAGCUCAAUAGCCAGAAAAAAAUUGACAUAUUUUUAUAACAGACAUACUUUUUUUGUACAUUGUGUUCAUUCUUGAAUAAAGUCAGUUCAGUGUUGGCUUGUAGAUAUUAAAAGGAAAGUAUUGACUUUGAUUCAAUAAAUGUUUUCUUUCAGUUGGUGGCUUACCCUUUUUCUUUUUCAUAAGUUACAUUUGCACUAGCAAAACGCUUGCAUCUUACAGACAAACUGGUGGGGAAACUUCUCAAAGGAGUAACCUGUUAGCAUGAGAAGAAAAAGUAAUUUGCAGGCUUGAGUGGUUUUUCAUGCCACUUGACCCUUUUGUUGCGAAGUAGUUUAAACCUUAAUUUUAUAAGCAUUUUUGUUUCAUUGAUUUAGUGUGUUUAGCAGGGGCCUCUGUAAGGAUCUCGGAGAGAAGAUUCCUUAAUAUGAAACAAAUCUGAAAUCUCUCAUGAAGGUUUUCUCCCUUUUGAGUUUCCUUCUUUGCUCUUGAUGGUGAGGCAAAUUAUUUGACUGUACUGGUCUGUAGAAGACCAGAUAAAUGCAGUAUCACAGUAAUAUAUACAUCUCCAUUAAAUCUACCUGUAAGCCACA